CGUUGAUAAUACGUGGUAGGAUCCCUUUACCUUUGGUUACGUAAAGUGCGCUCUUUCUCUCAUUUUGCCCCAUUGAGUUUCAAGAAGAUGACAAACUGUUGAACCAAACCAGAACAAUCAAAAAGCAAAUGCAAAUGAACAUAUAAGUUUGAGGACCAAAGAGUGGGGUCUCUCAACUUCACUUCUUCUCUGAGACCCCCACGUUGGGGUUACAUCCCUCUUCGAUUUUCCUUUGAAAUGGAGAGUUUAAAUGGUUCAUCAAGCUUGAAAAAAUUCUCCUUUUCGAACAAGCAGUCGAUAAUGGACUCGACUUCUCCCUUUCUCCAGUCCUAUGCAGAUCAAAAUAUGGACGGAUCAAAGGGAAAAGCAAAGCCUAACGAGGGAUUGAGUAGCCACCAUCAUCGGUGUAACUCGGAGAGCUUUCUUAUAGAGGAGCAACCUUCUUGGCUUGAUGACCUUUUGAAUGAACCUCCAGAGACGACGACAGUUGUACACAAAGGUCAUCAUCGACGUUCAGCAAGUGACACUUUUGCAUACUUAGGUGCAGCUGCAGAGAGGUUAAACACGAGGGAAGAAGCAAAAAAUAAGAAUGUAAAUGUAGGAGCUUCCUGGGGUUCAGUUAACUAUGUGAGUUACAAAGAUUUGAGUGCAGUUUCCUAUGAUACAAAGCCAAGUUCUUCCCAUGAGCAGAAAUUUAAUAAGGCUGCUCAGGAAGUGAAUGGUGCGGCAUCUGUAUCCCAUGAGAAGCAUAACAGAGAGAUGAAUAAUUCACAAAACCAAGAGGGCUCUAGUGAAAGAUCAAACAAUGUACAAGCCAAACAUUCCAUGUCCAAGGCAGAUGCAAAACGUUCUAAACAGCAAUCUGCUCACCGAUCGCGUGUCAGGAAACUUCAGCACAUAGCUGAACUUGAAAGAACAGUUCAAGCUUUGCAGGCAGAAGGAUCAGAGCUGUCUGCAGAGCUUGAAUUUCUUGACCAACAGAAUAUUAUACUGAGCAUGGAGAAUAGAGCCCUCAGGCAGCGUUUGGAUAGCUUAUCACAGGAGCAGCUCAUCAAACAUUUGGAGCAAGAGAUGUUGGAGAGGGAACUCACAAGGUUACAAACUCUGUAUCAGAUGCAGAGGCAACAACUGCAACAACAGCAUCAGCAGCCGCCGCAGCAGCAGAACCACUCUAAACAUCGUCGAAACAAAAGCAGAGAUCUCGAAGCCCAAUUUGCCAACCUCUCUAUCAAGAACAAUGAAGCCAGUUCCAGCAGGCAGGUCACUGGUUCAGUCAGGAUGUAAAAAAGGAGACUCAUUUUUUUACAACCACCAAGUGGAAUGUCUCUAAUCUUUUUUUCCCUUUUUCAUCUUCAAAUAUCGCGAUUUGGUAUUACUACAGAAACUGACGGGGUCAGUAAGAUGAUUGAAAAUUCUGCCCUGCAUUGUAGUAUAUUUUUAGGCUUCUACUUCGUUAACAGCCUAGUCCUGACUGAACCAUAGGCCUCUGGGGUUUUUUUUUAAAAAAACAAUAAUUGUGCAGAUAUAGCUGUGAGGUUUGUUGUAAACUGUGACUACGGUGACCAUCCAUUUUGCUUUCAGGUUUCUCACAUGUGACAUGAUUAACAUGCAGAGUAGAGAUUAGGGGUGGGAAUGGUAUGAUAUAUACCGAUUACUAUACCGAAAUCGAAAUUUUUUAUGCCGUGAUUUUGAUAUUAUGGUACAUGGUACGGUAUUUGGUAUGCAUUUUUAAAAAGUUCGGUAUUCGGUGUGGUAUUCGGUAUUUAUAAAUAAUAUACUGAAAUACCGAAUACCAUACCGAAGUCAUAUGUAUUAGUAUUUUAAUACUAACAAAUAUAUAAACAAGUAUUAGUACAAAAUUAAUUGUUUAAACGUUGAAAUUUUGAUUAAUCUAUGUUAAUUGAAA